AUGAUUAAAUGGCUGUUAAUUAUUUCUUUCCUAUCUCUCUACAGUGAGUGUGCUGUUGUUUGUCCAAGAUAUCUCAAUGUAGUACCAGUUCAAGCUAUCGCAACUCCCAAUGACAGAUUGUGCUGCAAUGGAAAUAAUAUGCAAACAGUAUAUCAAGAUGCUCCCCAGAAUUUUGAUGAUGGUUCGCUCAAAGUUGCAACAUACUUACAAACCCAUGUGAACAAUGGGAUGCUAGUUGCAAAUAAAAUGGAAGUAGUCUCGCAACCAGGCUCAAAUAACAUUGUCAAUUCAAAUAUAAGAGUUCAGAAUGUUUCACAAAAUCAAAAUCGAUUAGCUGACAUGAACUCACCAGGAAAUUUCAAUAACCCGAAUCAGCAGUCAAAUUCUUUGAACUUCCCUCUUCAAUCAAGUACUUCCGGUCCGCUCAUUUUCACACCGACUCCUAAUGUUUGGUCAGGCCCUUCAUUCAAUAACAACCAGCCUACAAACUUAUUCGGACAACCAUACCCAUCAACGUCAAGCGGCCAAACCAUGAACGGACAAGGUGUGAACGGUCAAAUGCCAAAUGGAGUCAUGGGUCCAACUUCAAUGGCAAAUAGCCAAAAUUUGAAUGUUCCAAUGGCAAACGGUCAAAUGGUAAACACCGGUAUUAGCACCGCCCCUACGACAAAUAAUCGAAUGAUCUAUGGACAAACUACACUGAGCCCGACACCCAAUGGUAAUAUGCAGUCCCCUCUAUAUACUGCUCAGCCAAACAUGAAUCCACAACAACCUCAGACUAAUUUCGGAAUUAACAACGGAUACAAUAAUCCGACUCAAGGAAAUCGCAACAUUUUACUAGAUGGGCAAACACCAACUUAUUCGAACGAACGAGGAUUUUCAAAUCCUUCUUCACCGAACGCUUUCUCAACAACAAUGCCGUUUAAUCAAAAUCAGCAAUCGACAACUAUGCAGCCUUUUGCACAAAGUACGAUGAACAAUCAAAACUUUAAUGGGAUAGUUAACCCACAACAAAACACCAACAGGAACUUCGACUAUGCAACAACCUCAUAUUCUCCAACUACUCAAAGACCAUUCACAAACGGUGUGCAGCAGUUUCCUAAUGCCAUGCAAUACACUACUGGCAAUAAUGUGUCCCCAACUAACUCGAAUCCAAGUUUUACUCAAAAUGAAGGAAUCAAUUAUGGUCCAAAUGCUCCUUCAACAAUAUCAACAAAUGGAUAUUCUUCUCCAAGUACUCUUUACACGUCGCCAAGCACUUCAUCUUCUCCACUCAUAAUGUCAAAUGCCAACAAUCUCAACAACAGAGGUCAAACACAGAUACAAAGUACAACGCCGUUUUAUCCAUCCUCUCUCAACACUCAACAAGCGCAAACAGUCACUCCCUAUCCUACAACUUUGAAUGGACGACAAGGCUCACCAGUAACAACAAACCAAUACAACCCAAGUAACCCUAUCUUAUCAACAUCGAGAAUUCCUCCAACGUACACACCGAAUGGAGAAGGAAUCGAUCAAUUCCCAAACCACGUAUUGUACGAUUCAGAGCGCAUGAUUAACACUCAAUUUGGAGACUACACUAGUGGAAAACAAACUCAAUCUGUUGUUAUCUCUCUGCUCGCUGUUCUCAUUCUCAAGAUAGCAUUUUGA